AUGUGGUUGGAGAUCAUCUGUGGUCUCGUCAUCUACAAACUCGUCCGUCGUUUCUUCUCCGACGACGAAUUUUCCGACGUAGAAACCUCCGAUUCCACUGCUCUCUUCUCCGUUGCUCACAGACUUGAGAAGCUUUAUGGAGGAAAAGCUUAUGUAGGUCUUCGAAUUCCAGAUGCAGACACUGCUUCCAGACAGGACAUCGAUGUUGUUCUCGUUACUAAAGGAGAAGUUGUGGUGGUCGGUGUUAAGAAUCUAUCGGGGUUCGUCACGGUAACGAGUGAUGGAAGCUGGGUCUGUGAAGGUGGGAAGCAUCAUAGAACUGAGACUUACCCUGAUCCAGUAAUUAGAACACCCAUGGCGUUUACUGUUGUUGUUGGUGAUUUUCUUAACUUUGAUAUUCUGCUGGCUGAAGUCAAGAAACAAGCUUCAGUUCUUGAAUCAUAUCUUGAACAGAGGGGUGUUACUUUGCUAGAAGGAAAACUGUCUUGCAGAGUUAUAAUUCCCAAUCCAAGUUUUCGUACCAUUCAUGCAUUCCCGAGUGAGGUAACCACGUACGAAGAGUGGCAGCAUCUGAAACCAGUAUCGAAAAAUAAACUUACUGGUUGGGUUAAAGGCGCAUUCAGCACAGGGAAAGAGAUGCAGGAAUCUUCGCAUCAAAAACUUGAUUUCAUCCUUGGCACGGCUCCAAUGUGGGAUAGGGUGGAGCUCAAAAGUAGCAAAAUCGUGUUAGGGGAGUUCCUCGAGUUUAAAGGAAAGCAGGAAGACACUUUAGCUUUGCGACAUAUCAAAAGAUCAAAAAUUGACCGUAUCUCUAUUCAGCAAACAAGCAUGCUUGGAUUCGCUCCCUCGAGGUUGCAGGUUCUGUACUCGUAUAGAGACUACAGAAGUGAAGGCAGUUCAGGAUCAGAGUCGAAGGAAGUGACCGUAAGGUCGAGCACCGAGGUUGUGUUUCAGCCACGGGACUCCGCAAAGAUCAAGAAAUUCAAACUAUCGUCCCUCAUCUCCCUUUCACUAAGUGCCUAA